CGACCCGACCCGUUUGAGGAGCGUCGCGAGAAAUUCACUCAACAGUGUUUCUCUCUUUGUCUUCCCUCCCGAGAAAGCUUAAUGGAGCCCUAGACUGGUUUUAUCACUCUCGCCAACACCAACCACGCCUUUUCUCUAUUUACCUCCAUUUUUUGGGUUUGUUUCUUCAACGGAGAAGAUGGAUACCAGAGAAAUCAAUGGUUUUGCCUCCGCCGCGAGAUCGAUAUCUCUUCCUACGCAGCCAAAUUACAGUAGCAAGCCUGUUCAGGAGGCGUUGAAACAUUUGGCAUCUAUCAACCUUAGAGAAUUGUGUAAUGAGGCAAAAGUUGAGCGAUGUCGUGCAACAAGAGACUUGGCUAGCUGUGGACGAUUUGUUAACUAUGUGUUGAAUCCAUGUGGGCAUGCCUCCUUGUGCUCAGAGUGUUGUCAGAGGUGUGAUGUUUGUCCUAUCUGUAGAAGUACGCUACCAAAAUACGGAGAUAGACUUCGGCUUCGUCUCUAUUAUGAGUGUGUUGAAGCUGGUUUGAUUUCCCGAACACAUGAAGAGGCGUCUCAGGAUUCAGAUGAGGAUGAAGAUCAAUUGGCAGCUGAUGUUCAUCGUCUUUAUUCUCUGUUUGAUGUUGCUAUGAACAACAAUUUGAUAUCUGUGGUUUGCCAUUAUAUCACCAAUGUCUGUAUGGAUGAGACAGCUGUAUCUAGUGAUCCGGUCAUUGCUUUCUUGCUGGAUGAAGUUGUUGUCAAGGAUUGGGUCAAGCGUACAUUCCGGAGCAUCUUAGCUGAGCUUCAAGAAAUCUAUAGUCUUGAAACAAAAGAGAUGCAAGCGUGGUUAGAUAAACUCCUAAGGUGUUCCAAACAGGUGGCUGGCAUAUGUAGUGUGCUCGAAGUUAUGGAAUCAGCUUUUAACGGUUCUGUUUCAUCUCAGCUUCAAGAUGUGCUGAAGCUUAGGGAGAACAUUGGUAAAACGAAGCAGCAUCUGGACAUAAUGGUCUGGUGCAUCAGACACGGAUUUCUGGAGGAUGUGAGGUCUCGAUAUUCUAAUUUCACAUCGUGGAAUGCCCUUGUAGGAGAAAGAAAAUCAAAUGCAAUUAAGCGUGCAUGGCCUGAUGCUGUAGACCAGUCUUCAGAUUGCAAUGUACAGAGUGCUUCCCUCUUUAUUGAAGAUGCUUUACAAAAUCUUGAGAGAGAGCCAGAGUACAGUCAGGAAAUAGGGGCCGACCUAGAAGUUGGAUGUUUACAGAAGGAUAAGAGAUCAUUUCUUAGGUCCAAAAUAGAGGGAACUUCAGGAUCUUAUCCAUUUGAGAAUCUUAGAACUGCUGCGGACAUGCUCUUUUUACAUGGCGGUUCAGAUUUGGUUGUUGCGAAGCAAGCAAUUUUUCUUUACUACCUGUUUGAUCGGCAUUGGACUACCCCUGAAAAAUAUUGGAAGCACAUUAUAGAUGAUUUAGCUGCUACCUUUGGCAUAACCAGGCAUUCAUUGUUGGAGUCUUUUGUAUUUUAUCUUCUCGAUGAUCAUUCUGAGGAGGCACUCCAGGAAGCUUGUAGGAUUCUUCCUGAAAUAUGUGGUCCAGAAACCUACCCCAAAGUUGCGCAAGUCCUGUUAGAAAGGGAAAACCCUGAAACAGCUCUUAUGGUCUUGCGUUGGUCUGGUCGUGAUGGUGUAUCAGAAUUGGUUUCAAUUGGUGAAGCUGUCACAGCUGUUCGUGUGAGAGUGGAAUGUGGUCUUUUGAGUGAAGCAUUCACAUACCAAAGGACACUUUGCUUGAAAGUAAAGGAAAAUAAUUUGAAAAAUGGAGCUGUGAAACAUGUGUCUGAUGAUCUAGAUAGCUGGAGUUGGACGGAAUGGAUGGAGAUACUUGUCAAUGAAUUCUGCUUUCUUUCUAUUCGGAGAAACUUGGUUGAUCGAAUCAUUGAGUUACCGUGGAACCCAGACGAGGAGAAAUAUCUGCACAGAUGCUUAUUAGAUUCUGCAACUGAUGACCCCUCAUCAGUUGUGGGUAGUCUUUUGGUUGUCUUUUAUCUUCAGCGCUACCGUUACAUCCAGGCAUACCAAGUCGAUCUUAGGCUCCAGAAAAUUGAAGAGGCUUUUGUAUCCGACAAUCAAACUGGGGAAGAAGUUAUGUUCAGAAUGCGAUCACAGAGUCAUUGGAGAAAAGAGUUAGUUGAUAGAGCCAUAGAUAUACUUCCAGUAAUCCAGCAGCAGCAAGUUAGAUCUGGAAAAUUUUCUGAGAUGGAAGAUGCCUCUGAAAGUGCUUCUGAAGGAGUAAAAAACUCUGAUCUUCCCGAUGCAUCUGACAUGAUUACUUCUUCAGUUCCCUUUGCUGCAACUAAUUCCGUUUUUCUUCAAAGGGCUAACAAUGCCAGCGCUAGAGAGCCAGUGGCUAAUAAUGGCAGUCCUUUUCAACCCGGUCAUUUGAUAGGAAAUGCUUCCCUUGAUCUUUCCCAUGGAAGGUUAUUUACAAACGCAAAUAGAGGACAAAAGAGUGAAGUUAGAAGCAUAACCAAGGCUCUGAAAUUCGGUGAAAUGUCAACUCCGUUCAAAGAUCUAAAUAGAACUCGUGGGAACAGCCAGCUCAAAGGAAAAAGGACCGAAGAAACCUCUCCAGAGACAAAUGUUGAUAGAUUCAUGGAGAAUAAUAUGAGCUCCCCUUAUCUUCGCCGAGUCACAGCUAACAAUCCUGUGACAGUGAAAUCUAGCAGCAACCAUCUCAAUGGAUCUGCACAGAAACCGGAAUCCACCUUUUUUGGCGCAAGGAUGCAAGCAGACAAAGAUAACUUUGUUGAUUUGGAUGAUCCAAUGGACAUGUCUUCGAGCUUGAAGGACAACAACAAUGUCUUGGCCACUGAGAGCAGAAAUAACAGUGGCGGAUUGAGGUGGCGGUCAGAUGAAACAAGCGAUGAGGAAGAUGAACUGAAGUUGGGCAUGGAACUGACUAAUUUCAGUUCCAUGCCGGUGAAGGGAAGGAGGAGACGUAGAUUUGCGGCAAGAUGAAAUAAAACAAACACUCAAAAAGACCAUCAUCAAUUAUGUUAAGCAUAGAGAAAGGAAGAGAUAAGAGCAAGUUGUGUAAAGAGGGAGAGAGAUGGUACAGUGAGCUUUGUUCUCCUGAUUAUUUUUUUGUGCUGAAUUUUGUGUUUUUCUUCUUUUGUUUACCUUUUUGGGACAUUUAUUUUUCGGAUAUCAUUGUGGUGAAAUGAUGAGUAUGUUUAAUUGCAUUGAGAUUAAAUAAUUUUCUUUUUGUAUUCA